UCGAGCGCGUCCUCUUUGGCACUGGAGCUGGGCCUGGGUUUUGGUAGUGGCUGCGACCGGGGUUUCCGAGCCACCCGGCUAUCCCGUAGCGUUCUGGAGUAGCCGGCAGCGGGUUUUCCCACGCGGCGUUCUGCUUGAAACCGAGUCGGUGGUUGCGCCACGGGCUCCCGAGCCGCGAAGCCUGGCUGCCGCUGGAAAAACUGAGAGACCCACCUGGACGGGCCCAACCCCAGCUUCCAGAGCCCAACCUCGCGGGCUCAGACCUCGCCUCUGACGGGAGAGACCGGAGAGAAGAGUCCAGCCCAGGAGCAGUCAGAGCAGGACUGCAGCGCGCGGCUGGGGCUCAGAGAACUGCUGAGAGGCGGUGGCACGAGGUGUGACCCAAAUGCUGGAGGAAGGAGGGCUCCACAGCCUUCAGCAGCGUGACUGUAGCUUUUACCCAAGAUGGGUGGAGGCACUUGGUCCCUGCUCCGAGGGGGACUCCAAGGUUCAAGGAGGGGUUACCAGAAAACGCCAGGAAUCUGGUCCUGCUGGGAGGAGUAGGGUGACCUUCAGGCCAGUUCCUCCAUAUUCACGCCCAGAACCAAGCGGAAUGCUCAGUAAAUAUUUGCUGAAUGAAUGAAAUAAAUGACCUAACUGGACUUCCAGUUUCCCAGCCCAGUGUGAACUCCCAGUUGGACCAGAGGGAAGACGGUCCAUGGGCGCUGCAGGGAGGCGGCCUGAGGAGCGCCCGCCCCGACUGGAAGAUUAUGUCUGAAUCACCACCCGAGCAUGACAUUUCUGAAGAUUCAUUCCAAGACCCAAGUAUAGAGCUGCCUCCUGGGGAGUCAGAUCACAGGAACAGUGACCUGGGGAAGAGCUUCAACCUGAGACCAGUCCUUUCUCCACAACAGAGAGUUCCCACGGAAGUGAGACCCCGGAAAUGGGAAGCACAUCCAAAGAGCUUCAGGAAGAAUUCCCCUAUAAUUAAGCCCCACCGAGCAAAACCGUAUACUUGUAGCGAAUGUGGCAAAUCCUUCAGUUACUGUUCCUCCCUUUCUCAGCACCAGAAGAGCCACACUGGGGAGAAACCCUACGAAUGCAACGAGUGUGGGAAGGCUUUCAGCCAGAGCUCAUCUCUUAUUCAGCACCAGAGGAUUCACACCGGAGAGAAACCCUACAAAUGCAGCGAAUGCGGGAGAGCCUUCAGCCAGAACGCAAACCUCACGAAGCAUCAGCGAACUCAUACCGGAGAAAAGCCCUACAAAUGCAGUGAGUGUGAAAAAGCCUUUAGUGACUGUUCAGCCCUUGUUCAGCAUCAGAGAAUUCACACCGGGGAGAAGCCCUAUGAGUGCAGCGACUGCGGGAAAGCCUUCCGUCACAGUGCGAACCUCACAAACCACCAGAGGACCCACACGGGGGAGAAGCCGUACAAGUGCCGGGAGUGUGGGAAGGCCUUCAGUUACUGUGCCGCCUUUAUUCAGCAUCAGAGAAUCCACACUGGGGAGAAGCCAUAUAAAUGUGGGGCAUGUGGGAAGGCCUUCAGCCAGAGCGCAAACCUCACAAACCAUCAAAGGACUCACACAGGAGAGAAGCCCUACAAGUGCGGCGAGUGUGGGAAGGCUUUCAGCCAAAGCACCAAUCUCAUCAUCCACCAGAAGACCCACACUGGAGAGAAGCCAUAUAAAUGUAAUGAGUGUGGGAAGUUUUUCAGUGAGAGCUCAGCCCUUAUCCGACAUCAUAUAAUUCACACGGGAGAAAAACCCUACGAGUGCAAUGAGUGUGGGAAGGCGUUUAACCAGAGCUCGUCCCUUAGUCAGCAUCAGAGGAUUCACACUGGUGUGAAGCCCUAUGAGUGUAGGGAGUGUGGCAAGGCCUUCCGGUGUAGCUCCGCCUUCAUUAGACACCAGAGACUCCACGCUGGGGAGUAACCACAGAGAGGACCAAAGUGGGUUGGGACCUGGCAGGAAAUGCAGGUAGUCUGAAAACCUGUGGAGACCCGGGACCUUAGUCUGUAGCUCCGAGCCACAUGCAAAAGCACCUUCAAUAAAUAGUCCCAAUCUUCCAUGUCGCAGGU